AUGACACAAGUCACUCGACAAGAAGUUCUUGGCCUUUACCGCAAGAUAUUCCAAAUAGCCAAAAAAUGGCAAUCAGCAUCAGGACAGAUAGAAGAAACUAUUAAAGAGAAAGAGUAUAUUAAAAAUGAAGCCAAAACAUUAUUCAGAAAAAACAAAAACUUAACAGAUCCAAAGUUGAUUAAGCAGUGUAUAGAAGAAUGUGAGGCAAGAAUAGAAAUUGGACUUCACUAUAACAUCCCCUACCCGAGACCUAUCCAUCUGCCUCCUAUGGGUCUUGCCCAUAAGCAAGGCCGUACAUUGCGACAUCAGGAAAAGUUAAGGAAGAUUUCUAAGCCAAUAUACCUGAAGUCCCAUGAUGAACUUUCAUAACCCAUCAUUUAAGCUGUGAUGCAUAGUCACAUCAUUUAAGCUGUGGACUGCAAUCCAGGUGAUUUGUGUGCACAACUGUGAAUGAAGCUGUUUUGGUCACUUGCUCACACAUUUCCUGAGGCCAAAAAGCUAAUUGAUACAUUGCAUAUGAUGGAUAAGGUCAGUCUAGUAUUUAUUACAUGUCAACCACUGACACAUCAAUAAAAGUAACACUUUUUAAGGA